AUGUCCUUUGUGUUAGCAAGCCUCGAGCGGCUCGUGAGCCGCGUGAUCAAUUUCGCGUUCGACCGGUGGCUUCAGAAUCCGAAGUCCUUCUUCACGGACAUGGACAUGCUUUCCUUAGUCGGUUCGUACAAGCUGAAACACAUUCCCAUAUCCAACCAACUCCGUUUGGUCUUCAAUUAUCCGUCAGUUGAAUCCUUAAGCGACUCGUCGUGGAAGGAUAAAUUCGUCAAGGCCGAGGAAGCGAGCCUCAACCCCAACUUUCCUCAAACCAAGCGCUCGUUGCACGUGCUGGCCAAGCUCGUUCGCGCCCUUGUUCAAGGCCUCAGGCUCCAGCACGAUGCCCGAGUUUCAGUCGGUUAUGCUGAUCGUCGAAAAAUACUGAUAGGGAAAACCGAACCGGUGGUUGUACCGGGAUGCGGUGAGAACAAAAGCCGGGAACUUGUUGAUAAGCCGAGGAAACUUUGGGGCCUGGGGUCCAAUACGAAGCAUUUGGAAAGGAUGGUUUGGGAUUUGACGCUGAAUAACUCGGGCUACGACAAUGCAUCCUAUUGUGGAAAUGGAAAGAUGGUUAUGGAUGACCGUAUGGUUCACUUAGCUCAUACAGACGAGGAAUUAGCUACCACUUUAGCACACGAGGUACGUAACUAUUGA